AGUCAAUGGAGGUUUGCUCUGCCCUCACAGUCCAGUCAGAAGAAUGUUUGGAGAAAAGAGAAGUGGAAUUACCAAACUUCAGGGUGGAAUACUGUGCUGUUGCCGAACUUUUGUCCGGGUAAGGAGUCGUCGGGAGCGGCGCGUCCUUGCGCCGCAAAGACUCCAGGCGGUCCCAUGCGAGGUGACGAGAUGCUGGAUGCUUUCUGUUACGUAGGGAACGCAUUUUGUAUGCGCGUGGUGUCACCCCAAGAUGCACGAGGACCAGAAAGGCAGGAAUAGCAGACAUCUGAAAUAAUGUCAGACACGGGAAGUGAUACGGAGUCGUCCUGUGGCUGGAGCAUCAUCAGUUUUGAGGGUUCCUCCGACAUAGAGACUUUAGUGUCAGAGGCGGUUGAACAACAUGGAGACACUCCUGUCGAGGGCCUUCCUGUGGUGAAAGCAGAACUGCAGGACCCUCUCGCCUCAGCGUCUGCUUCUGAAUACAAUAAAGACAAACUCGAUGGCUCACUCAAUGACACAAUAGAACAAACUAUAGAUGAAACACUUUACGCUUCAGAGACUGUCGACGCUGCAGUGGAGGAUCAUGGCACUGUGUUGUCCUCCAGCGACCACUCCGACAUUGUGACGCUACAGUGUAUAGAAGAGGAGGCGGCAGUGAAGGCUGCCAAUGAGGAAUCUUAUCUGGGGAUGUCGUGCAGCAGCCAGUAUUCUUUCACAGCUUCAGAGUCUGGUCUAAGGUCGAGUUACUGGAAUCUUAAGCAGGUUCUUGUGACCUUAGGCUGCCUGCUGCAAAGUCACCUUACAAGAGCUUUCCCACCUCAUCCGCCGCAUGGUGACACAAUCUCCAGCAGCAGCAGCGAGGAUGAAGAGGAAUGGUGUACGUUGGUGCGAAGACUCAGGCUGAGGAAGAAUGCGACUAGCAUGGCCCAGCCCUUUGAAGUAGAGGAAACAAAAGUGAAGUCGGGUCGUAGCGAAAAGGACGAGAAGGUCGAAGAGGAGAAACAGAUGGCCAAGCAAAGUGAAAGUAGAACUGCGGCACUGCGAAGCCAGGCCAGUGGGACGCUCAACACGUGCAUCCUGCUAGCCCUCGUCAUAGCCAUCAGCAUGGGCCUUGGGCACUUCUAUGGCAGCGGGCAAGUGCAAGAGAAUCUAAAGACAGCAGACAGACUUAAUGACAUGGACAGUGUGAGGGAUCUGCUUCAAUAUCAUGUCAAGAGCACAAACCUUGGCCUGGACGACUUGGAUGAUCAGAAUGUCAUUUCAUUGCUGGCGAACGUUGUUGAGAAGAUAAGCAAAGAGAACAAUGACCUCAGCAUCCAGCAGAGACAUGUUGAGGCCCAGCGAGAUGGCUUGGCAAUUUUACUGAGACAGAAAGAGGAGAAGAGCAACAUUUUGAUAGCCACCAACCAGCAGCUGAAGAGCUCUUUACAGCGGGAAGAAAAGACCCUUUCCAGCCUACGAGAGAAGCUGAGCAGCCUGCGCUCCAGAGUACGAGAUCUCGAGGCAAAGGGAGCCGGCGCUGACUCACUGCUGUCUGAAAACCAGAGACUGAAGGACGAGCUGGAAGGGGAGAAAGAGCUGGUCCGAAACCUUCAAAGCAACAGUGUGGACAUUGUGGCGGAGGAACUGGCGCUGAAGAACAAACUGAAGAAGGAGAGGAAGGUUACAGAGAAACUGCGCCGGAAAAUCAGUGAGCUGAGGAGCAACAGUGACUUGGGAAAAGCAGGAGACGCGGAGGCCAUGGAACUUAAGUCCCGCCUGAAGGAAGCGGAGAAAAAGCUAGGUUUUGAGCAGCAGCGCUCUGACCUCUGGGAGAGGCUUUACCUGGAAACCAAGGAAGGCCAGGCCAAAGGAGACUCAGAACCUACAUUGACGAGCCCAAAACUAGUCAUAUCAAAGAAAGUAAAAGAGACUUUUGAUGCAGUCAAGAACUCCACCAAGAAGUUUGUCCAUCACCACAAAGAGCAGCUAAAGAAAGCCGAGGAAGCUGUUAAGGAAAACCUGCGCAAAAUCUCAGAUUCUGUCAAAUCUACUUUUCGUCACUUCAAGGAUUCUGCCUCGACCUUCAUCAACAAGGCCAAAGCAUUCUAUGAGUGCAACAACAAUAAAAAGUGUCAACACAAACACGACCAGACCAACCACAAUACACGGAAACAAGGUGGCCGUGUUCACAAAGAGCGAGGCGGCCAGAAUGCCAACCUGAAAGGAUGCCAAGGAGUGCUUAACUGUGCCUACCAGGAGUCCAUGGGCCUCUUUAACAUGCCCACUGAGCCCAUACGAGCGGACGAAUUCCACCAGCUACUCUGGAGCUACUUGCAGCAGGAAGUGGACCACUUCUACCACUGGGAGGAGCUGGGGAGCUUCAUUAGCAACUUCUUUCACAACGGGUACUUUAUCCAUGAUCGCAUGCGCUUCACUGACUUUGUCAGCAAGGUGGAAGCCUACCUGUUGGACUUACAUGAAUACCACGGGCUUGACGACGUCUUCGGAAACCUUGAUGACUUCAUUUACAGACACUUCUUUGGAGAGGGUUAUGCUAAGAACUACGGGCCCAGCGGGCCGCUUGAACGACCAGACUCCAGAGAGGAGUCGAGGGCGACCCACCAAGCUCGUAAGCAGCAGAGAGAUCGAGCUCGUCCCCACAGUGAGCGCAGGUGGAGCAGGACGGGCAAAAACGGACACAUGGCUGACGUCAAAAUAGAACUGGGCCCUAUGCCGUUUGACCCCAAAUACUAACAACAAGCGUACAUAGGUUUGGUUAGAAAAUGACAACUGUUAAGUCCUUUUCUUGUUUGCCAGUUUUCACAAUGUUUAUUUUGAUGCUUCUGAAUGUCCUUUGGCUGGUGUCCGUUUGAGAAUGGAAUCUCCAUUGUGGUUUUGCUAUUUAAAUAAUGAGUACUUCUGUUUAAAGGCAUUGAACUACAAAACAUUGCUGUAAAGGUAGUGAGGGAAAUUUGAUUUGAACUUUUAAACCCAUUGAGUGUUUUGACCCUAAACUACCUCAAACAUCUACCAUUCAAAAUAAACAGGGUUUGUUCACUAAUCAUGGAGCAACUAACCAUGAUUUCCAUUGAAAUUGCACAUACCGUACUUCCUUGAAUUGCUGCCGGGGCGCUAACUAAUUUAAAACCUCUUCUCACUCCUGCGCUUACCAAAGGCAUGCGGUAAAAGUAAGCAUGCACUAAUUAUUUUAAAACUUCUUCUCACUCCUGCUCUUACCAAAGGCAUGCAGUUGAGUGUGAUGUAAGCUUGGACCUUACAUCCUACUGAUUAGCUCUAAAUCUUCUUCCCUUUAUGCGAUUUCAAAUUACCGGUAUUGAAAUCAGCCUCCUCCAUUUUGAAAAUUGUGACAGAGGAAGUGUCACUCGUGACGUCACGAGUUUGACCAGGCGGUAAUACUAAGCAUGCGCUAAUUAUUUUGGGAAACGACUUUGACACGGCAGUAAUUCAAGGCAAGCGCAUACUACAUGCCAGUGGUUCUCAACCUUUUUUCAGUGAUGUACCCCCUGUGAACAUUUUUUUAACUCAAGUACCCCCUAAUCAGAGCAAAGCAUUUUAGGUUGGAAAAAAAGAGAUAAAGAAGUAAAAUACAGCACUAUGUCAUCAGUUUCUGAUUUAUUAAGUUGUAUAACAGUGCAAAAUAUUGCUCAUUUGUAGUGGUCUUUAUUGAACUAUUUGAAAAAAUAUAUAUAAAAAUAACUAAAAACUUUGAAAAAUAAACAAGUGAUUCAAUUAUAAAAAAAAGAUUUCUACACAUAGAAGUAAUCAACUUAAAGUGCCCUCUUUGGGGAUUGUAAUAUAGAUCCAUCUGGAUUCAUCAACUUCAUUCGAAACAUUUCUUCACAAAAAAAGAAAUCUUUAACAUCAAUAUUUAUGGAACAUGUCCACAAAAAAUCUAGAUGUCAACACUGAAUAUUGCAUUUCUUUUCACAGUUUAUCAACUUACAUUCAUAUUUUGUUGAAGUAUUAUUCAAUAAAUAUAUUUAUAAAGGAUUUUUGAAUUGUUGCUAUUUUUAGAAUAUUUUUUUAAAAUUUCACGUACCCCUUGGCAUACCUUCAAGUACCCACAGGGGUACGCGUAACCACAUUUGAGAACCACUGCUAUAUGCCCUGCGGCAAUUCAAGGAAAUACGGUAAUUGGCCCUAGUGGUGAAUGUUAGUGUGAAUGUUGUACCUGUUGGCUCUGCGAUGAGGUGGCGACUUCUCCAUGGUGUACCCCACCUUCCACCCGAAUGCAGCUGGGAUAGGCUCCAGCAACCCAGAGUGGAACAAGUAGUAAAAAAUGAGAGUGGCCGUCUGUGAGCCAAAAUAUAUGUCAAAAAUAUAUGUCACAGCAUAUAACAAUCCCCAUGUACCAUAGGUGACCAAGCUUUUUCAAGAAAGAGCAUCAUACAGAAAGAUUAAGGGAAUGUGGCGGCCCACUUUGAUACAUUUGUUGCAUUAAAUCCUAAAACUAGGAGUGAUGAGAUCGGGUCAGCUCAAAAUGUGACAAAAUUUGUUUUAAAAAAAAUCUGUCCCACAGACAGAACAAUGAGAAAUUGUUCAUUUGCCAAAACAGACUCAGUCUUAGCCUUUAAGUGUAAUAUUAAAUAAUCUAUCUUACUCAACAAAGUCAUUUUUGACUGGCAAAGGCGAAUAAAACAAAAUGUCCCUGGGCUGUACUUGGACACCCCACCCAUAUGCAAUGCAAACAUACCAUGACAUCAUUCUUUUUUUAUUGUGUAAAUGAUCUUUCCUACUGAGUAAGUGUUUCUAAAAAUAUUAGAUCAAUGAUGAGGCACAUUUUGAAUGACUAUUAUUGACAAUGCUAUUGCACACUUUGAAAGUUGAACACUGCGAUCUUUAUAAUUGGUGACAAGUACAAAGUUCAUUUUGACGCCAGAUAGCUUGAAACCUCUUGUAACAUUUGUAACAACUGAUCUGAGACGUAGGCUUGGCCCAGGACAAACAAUUUUAACCAGGGAUGUAUAUUUUAUUUUGGGUUGUAUGUCUGAAAUAGGCAGCUUCUUCUAUAAGCUUGUGUGAUGCUGUUCUAACAUUCCACUCGUUUUUGUUUCAUCUCAACUGGAACAUUUUUGUUUUAUAAGUGAUUUAGGGAGGGGAAAAAAAAAAAAAAAUUCACACCAAACUUUAGUGCAUCAUUAAUUUUUGGGUGGGUUUAUUUCAUAGGAAAGAAGUGAAGCUGUAUCACAAGCAUGGCGUUUUAAAGUGUAUUUUCAGCAGCUAAUGCACAAUAUCAGACAUAUUGGCUAAAAGAUGUGUUCCAGUGGUUGUCAGUGCCUUUCAUAAAUAAAAAUACUUCCUCCAACUCUUCCCGAGGGAAAAUGAGUGUGAAAAA